GUUAAUUGCAACUGUUGUAAUUUUACUAAGUAUAAACAAAAAUAAUUUCCUUAUUUUUGUUGGAUCUGCAGAACACUAUUGAAAAGUAUUGAGAGCCUUAAGAUUUUGUAGUCAAAUUCUGUUGUUGAAAAUGUUGACGUAGCAUCGCUAGAUACGAGUAUAUACAACAUUUUUUAACUUUUCUUUGUUAAAAUAAAACUUUAAAAUUAUCACAUAGUAAGUUAAUGAGGAUUUCAGUUAAUAAUUACAAAAAAAUGAGCAUAAAUUAUAAUGAUAUCCCAGUAGGGAUUUUGGCUAUACAGAAAUUUUCUGGUGUUUGUUGCUCUAGAAUAAGAUUUAGGAGAGAAUUAUUAUUUAAAUCAUCUGUGUUAUUUUUGACAUAUUUAUCUUAUACUUGCUAUCAUAUGACUAGGAAACCUAUUUCUGUUGUAAAAACUGUUCUUCAAGGAAAUUGUUCUAAUAUAACACCCUCAACAAUAAAUGUAACGUGUGAUGGGUAUCCACCCUUCGAUGACUUAAAUGCUGCUAGUUUGUUUGGUUACCUUGAUUCAGCAUUCCUAUUUAGUUAUGCUGCUGCAAUGUUUGCUUCAGGAUUUCUUGCGGAAAGAUGUUCCUUACGUUAUUUCUUAUCUUCAGGAAUGAUAUUAACUGCGAUUUUUACAUACUUGUUUGGUAUUGCAAAAACGCUUAAUAUACACGAUAUUUGGUAUUUUAUUUUUGUACAAGUUGCGGCUGGAAUUUUUCAAACCACUGGAUGGCCAGGGGUUGUUACCGUGGUCGGUCGCUGGUUUGGAAAAUCUAAAAGAGGAUUGAUAUUUGGUAUUUGGAACAGUCACACAUCAAUUGGAAACAUUUUAGGGACAUUUAUAGCUGCCAAAUAUGUUACUAAAGACUGGUCUCUGUCAUUCAUUGUUCCUGGACUUAUAAUGGGAAUUGUCGGUUUUAUAUUGUUUUUGUUUUUAGUAGACUCUCCUGAAUUAGUUUCUUGUAACACGCAAGAUGUAAGAACUGGACGGCGAUUAUCCACAGAUUCCGAUGUGGAUGUAGAAAAUGGAGAUUCUUCGGUGAUCCCCCAACCGGAAAUAACAUACCGCCCCACGGAAAGAACACAUUUACUUCGCCGACAAUCUAGUACAAAUUCUGUGAAUCAUUCUAAUAAUGCUGUACCCAUUGAUGUAUUAUCGGCUCUGAAAAUUCCUGGCGUUAUAGAGUUUUCUUUAUGUUUGUUUUUUUCAAAAUUAGUAAGCUACACAUUUUUGUACUGGUUACCGUUGUAUAUUCAAUCAUCAACAACUCUACCAGCAGAAGAAAGCGCUCACAUAUCUACAGUUUUUGAUAUUGGAGGUAUUGUUGGGGCAAUUGCUGCUGGAAUGAUAGCCGAUGCAACAUCGAUGCCGGCUAUCACAUGUGCCGGAAUGUUUUUUUUGGCUGUACCAAUAUUAGCGCUUUAUCAUUCCUUUGGAGCAGAAUCGUUGUCUUUUGCAAUACUCCUGCUAUUUUUAGCUGGAAUUUUAGUUAAUGGACCUUAUUCUCUUAUUACUACUUCAGUAAGCGCUGAAUUAGGUCAACAUAGUUCUCUUGAAGGAAAUGCAAAAGCUAUCGCAACUGUCACCGCAAUUAUAGAUGGAACUGGAUCAAUCGGGGCUGCGAUUGGUCCUCUACUCACAGGAGUUAUUUCAGGAUUUGGUUGGCAAAAUGUUUUUCAUAUGCUUAUUGCAUCGGACAUACUUGCAAUGAUUUUUUUGAACCGACUUGUUUACAAAGAAUUUGUUACGCAUCGCUUACCUGCGAGAAUAGAAUAAUAUUUAAUUUCUGUAGAUGAAAAAAUUAAUUUUUCUAAAGAAAAUUAAUUUUUUAACAUAAUUCGCUCAAAUAUUUCAAAUUAGAUUUUUUUUUUAAUUAUUUGAAUAAAAGAAAUAAAAUCUCUCUUUUGCUUUAGAAUUUAAAGAAAAGGAAGCUGAUAUUUGAGCUAUAAAAGCAAUGUUAAUUCAAAACUAUUUAAUUUUAUGUUUAAAUAAUUAAAUAUCCAAGUUUUAAGCUAACUAUUUUUAUACUGUGUUUCCAAUAACUUAAACUGCAUAUGUAUAAAUAUGCUACGAUAUUUUAUCUAGAAAAUUUACCUAAAACACUGAAUUUCUACAACCCGAAUAUCAGUCUAAUACAAAAUUUUAUGUACGUAUAUGUUUUAAAAUGUUUUAACUUAUUAAGAACUUUUUGUAUUGAACCAAAAAAAGGAUACAUAUUAUUUUUAUUAAGUUUUUAAAUGCUAUACUUAUGCCUUUUUGAAAUUGAUGGUGAAAUAUUGGCUUUAUUUGAAAUAUUCCUAGAAAUGCGGUUUUAAAUUUGUAAUUAUUUCAAAUUUUUUGGACGCAUGUAAAAAUUAAAAUAAUACAAAUUUAUUUUGGCUUUUGAUUGCCAAGCAAUUAUAUUCAUAAUAGUUCAUUUUAUAUUCCAAUAGCAUAAUUAAA